CCAAUUCAUCAUGCAAUCUUCAAUCUCUCUCUCACUUUCUUCGCCUUCUCCGAUCACCGCCAGAUCCAACUGCGGCGUUGACUCAUACUCACCCCACCUCUUCUUCAACAACACAACUACCCCGAAUCAGCUCCGGUUUUGUGGCCUCAGAAGAGAUGCCUUUUCUGGUUGCAAAUCUUCUUCGUCUAAUAAUGCCAUUCGAUUCAACCAAUUGCCUCCGACAAAUAAGGUUUUCGCUUCCUUAUCCGGCAACGGAACUCCUUCCAAGGGUUUUGAUUAUGAUCUUGUCAUUAUUGGAGCUGGUGUUGGUGGUCAUGGCGCUGCCCUUCAUGCUGUUGAAAAGGGUCUGAAAACUGCCAUAAUCGAAGGAGAUGUGGUUGGUGGAACAUGUGUUAAUCGUGGGUGUGUUCCUUCCAAGGCCCUUCUUGCUGUAAGUGGUCGAAUGCGGGAGCUCCAAAAUGAACCCCACAUGAAGUCAUUUGGAUUGCAGGUUGCAGCUGCUGGGUAUGACAGACAGGGGGUAGCUGAUCAUGCCCAAAGUCUUGCCACCAAAAUAAGAAAUAAUCUAACCAAUUCAAUGAAAGCUCUUGGUGUGGACAUAUUGACAGGUUUUGGUGCUGUUGUGGGUCCACAGAAGGUGAAAUAUGGAAAAGUUGGAGGUACUGAGACAAUUAUUACUGCAAAAGAUAUAAUCAUUGCUACUGGUUCAGUACCCUUUGUCCCUAAGGGGGUUGAGGUUGAUGGUAAGACUGUAAUAACCAGUGACCACGCGCUCAAACUAGAGACAGUUCCAGAGUGGAUAGUUAUUGUAGGAAGUGGUUACAUUGGACUUGAAUUCAGUGAUGUCUACACAGCACUGGGAAGUGAGGUUACAUUUGUAGAAGCUUUGGAUCAAUUAAUGCCUGGAUUUGACCCUGAAAUUGGAAAAUUGGCUCAAAGGGUUCUCAUAAAUCCUCGAAAAAUUGAUUUUCAUACUGGUGUAUUUGCAACCAAGAUAACUCCAGCAAAGGAUGGAAAACCUGUAAUGAUUGAGCUUAUUGAUGCAAAGACGAAGGAACCAAAAGAUACAUUGGAGGUGGAUGCUGCUCUUAUUGCAACUGGAAGGGCUCCAUUCACAGAAGGGCUUGGUCUAAAGAGUGUCAAUGUACAAACACAACGUGGUUUUAUUCCUGUUGAUGAACGCAUGCGAGUAAUUGACACAAAAAAAAAACUGGUCCCUCACUUGUAUUGCAUUGGUGACGCUAAUGGAAAGAUGAUGCUUGCUCAUGCAGCAAGCGCGCAGGGAAUUUCAGUCGUUGAGCAAGUUUCUGGAAAAGAUCAUGUUCUAAAUCAUCUGAGCAUCCCAGCGGCAUGUUUUACCCAUCCUGAAAUCAGUAUGGUUGGACUAACAGAGCCUCAAGCAAGAGAAAAAGCUGAGAAGGAAGGAUUUGAGAUCAGUAUUGCCAAGACUAGCUUCAAAGCCAACACUAAGGCCCUCGCAGAAAAUGAAGGAGAGGGAAUUGCCAAGAUGAUUUAUAGACCUGACAACGGAGAGAUCCUUGGGGUUCACAUAUUUGGAAUGCAUGCAGCAGACCUCAUCCACGAAGCAUCAAAUGCUAUCGCUUUGGGAACACGUAUACAGGAUAUCAAAUAUGCUGUUCACGCCCAUCCAACUUUGUCUGAAGUGAUUGAUGAACUAUUCAAAUCAGCCAAGGUUGUAGGCUGUGUUUCCAGUGUGACGCCUGAAGCGGUUGCAGUUUAAGAAUUAAUGUAAUUGGUUGUGAGCUCCAAAACCGUUAUUAUGUAAUGUAUGUGGUGCCCAUAGACUAGACUAGAUUCGACCCCAUUGGCCACAAAUCUUGAUUUCAUGCCCCCUCUCAGUCUUUGACUAUAUUAUAUAUAGAGUUAGAGCAAG